GAUGAAAUUGUCUGGAUUAAUUCUCUAGUAGUGACAGAGACGCUCAGCGUUUCGCUCAAAAAGAAACUUUUUGACUUGGAGGCUAAGCUAACAGCUAGCUAGCCGGCUAGCGCAGCCGUCAGUUGGCUGGUCGUUACCACUCACUGUUUGGGAACCACCUGACAACCGCUCACAUGAUUUUAACUACGGCGACCGGCCACGGAUGACAGCAGGAAGCUGACGUUCUGCGUGUGCUUGUGUGUUAGGCGUGAGUCUGGAUAAUCGGGGAGUUGAAUAGAGGCUCGUUACUCCACAACAACAACAACAACAACAACAACAACAGCAAGAUGUUUGGUAAGAAGAAGAAAGCUCCGCAGCCCAGAGGCCAGGGCGCUGCAGCGGCCAAGCAGAUGGGUCUGUUUGUAGACCUGGACUCGGAGGACAUGAUGAUGGGUGUGGAGGAGAACCUCAACGACCAGGACCUGGAGGCUGAACUUGCUGCAAUCACUGGACAUAAGCCUGUUGCCAGGGGACAAGUCAAGCCGAAGGGGAAGGCCCCACUGCCCAUGGAGGAUAUUGCAAAAAUGGCCGAUGAGUGUAUGAGAGAAGCAGAUGACGAUGAUGAUGAUGAUCUGGAGGAUGAUGAAGAUCUGUUGGCGGAGCUACAGGAUGUGGUGGGUGAGGGGGACGCAGAAGAUGCCACUACUCUUCCCUCCACAUCCUCUGCUACAGCUGAAACCCCAGAGUCCCCAUCGCUGCAGCAUCAGGAAGUGAAGGUCUCCUCAGCGGCCCCUGGCAGCCUCCAGCACACCCUGGAGGAGAGAGUAGCCAUGUACAGGACGGCUUUACAAAACGCCAAGACCACAGGAGACACCUCCAAAGCCAGGAGGUUUGAUCGUGGCUUAAAGACUUUGGAGACGAUGUUGGGUUGUGUGAAAAAAGGGAAGCCAAUAAACGAGGCUGAAAUGCCUCCACCUGUUGCCACCGGAGCGCCGAGUGCCGCCCCCCAACCUCCUGUUCCUGCACGACCCCCUCCCCCAGUACCCAAGAGAACUGACUGCGCUACUUCAGGUCAAGAGGUGGAAUCAGAGGGCACAACAGCACCACCUGAAGUCAUCACGCCCACCAGUGACCAGCAGUGCUCUACCAGUGCACCCAGUCUGAGCAGCCUCUCUAGUCCAGAGGAGCAGACAGAGGAAGCUGCUCAGCAGCCUCAGGCUCCUCACAGGGACGCAAACGAGGCGACCAAGACGAUGCUUUUGGAGCGACAGAAAGAAUACAGGAUAGCAGCGCUGAGAGCCAAGAAGCAGGGAGACGUGGAGCAAGCUAAGGGUUACAUGAAGACCUGCAAGAUGUUCGAUGCAGUGAUCGAGGCGUUGGAGAAAGGACAAGCAGUUGACCUGAGUGGCCUCCCGCCGUCUCCAGAGCAGGGAGGAAGCUCCACUGCAGGGAGCGAUGUUUCCCCUGGGCAAAACACAACAACCCCUCAACCAGCUGCAGCCUCAGCUCCUGCUUCACAGCCAGUCCCUGCAGCUCCCAAAGACGUGCUGGAGGCCCUCGAACAGAGACGAGCCAAGUACGUGGAGGCAGCGACUCAGGCUAAAGCCAGCGGAGACGAACGCAAGGCCCGGAUGCAUGAUCGUAUCGCUAAGCAAUACCAGAGUGCCAUCAGAUCUCACAAAGCAGGAAAAGCCGUGGACUUCGACGAGCUGCCGGUUCCCCCCGGGUUCGGUCCGCUCCCGGGUCAGAAGGCCUCGACAGCUGAGCAGGGAUUUGUUGCUGCUCUGGAGGCGGCCGAUAAACUCGCCACCACUGAUGCUGCCGAAGAACCGGACGAAGACGAUGAUGAGGAAGCGGUGGAAGAGUCUAAACCUGCUGUUUCAAAAAAACCAAAGAAGCCCACGCUGGCCGUCCCCCCUACAGCGCAAGCACAGAGAAGCACGCUUGCAGCUUCGCCUGAGAAAACUGUCGCCAGAGAAGAUCUUCCACCAACAGCAGUUCAGCAGCUGGAGUUCCUGGAAGGUCGGAAGAAGCAGUACAUGAAGGCGGCCGUGCAGGCGAAGCAGAAGAAGGACAUGGAGCAGGCGAAGGUUCUCCUCCGCACCGCCAAAAGCUUCGACCCAAUAAUCGAAGCCGCACGCAGCGGGAAAACAGUGGACAUCAGCACAGUGCCGUCGCCUCCUGGUGAUGAAGACGAGGACUUCAUCCUGGUUCACCACAGCGACGUUCAGAGCUCGGACAAAGCAGACGAGGUUUACACACAGCUGGCCAAGAUCCUCAAAGAACAGUACGAGAAAUGUUUGACCUACUCUAAGCAAUUCACACACCUGGGGAAUGUCUCUGAAACUACAAAGUUUGAGAAGCUGGCUGAGAGUUGUAAGAAGAGUCUGGAGGUCCUGAAGCUGGCUCAGUCGAGGGGUCUGCCUCCUCCUAAACAUCACUUUGAGGAGAGGUCGUUUCAAACUGUCAGAAUCUUUCCGGACCUCAGCAGUACUGAGAUGGUCAUCGUUAUUGUCAAAGGGAUGAAUCUACCAGCACCAAGUGGAAUGCAACCAAACUAUCUGGAUGCUUUCAUCAAGUUUGACUUCCCUUACCCGAGUGCAGAGCAGCCUCAGAAACACAAAACGGCAGUUAUCAAAAACACCAACUCCCCAGAAUACAACCAGAGUUUCACAUUGUCUAUCAAUCGAAAUCACCGCGGCUUCAGGAGGGUGGUGACAUCUAAAGGUAUCAAACUGGAGCUGCUGCACAAAGGAGGCUUCCUGCGGAGCGACAAGCCCAUCGGGACGGCUCUCGUGAAGCUGGACAAGCUAGAGUCACAGAGUGAAAUCAGGGAGAUCGUAGAGGUGAUGGACGGUCGCAAGGCCACGGGAGGUCGCGUUGAGGUCAAGAUCCGACUGCGGGAGCCUCUGAGUGGACAGGACAUGCAGAAAAGUACAGAGCGCUGGCUGGUGAUCGACCAGUCUCAGGUUCUUCUUUAGAUGCUUCUGAGAGAUUAGAGCAACCUCACAAGAUUCAGCUGAGGAGGAUGUGAGGAGAGGAAGGAUUGUUGACAUCUGAUGGAACUUGGAGCUAAACAGGUCUUUAACUUGUUUAAACUGUUGCACAUUUGCAAGACACACUAGCCCCUUUUGACGCCGCCGUUCACCACGAAGAGCCCGGGAACUGGUUUAGGCAGCGCCUCAAUGACCCCGUCAUUAGCGAGGAGCUGCGGUGCCCUGACACAUACGUUUGACUUGAGGGCCACGAGGAGGAGACUGUUCAGGAGGCGUAUCAGAGAAAAACACUCAGGUAAAGAUCAGGAACCCACUGAUGGAGCCAGCAGCCGAUCCACUGACAUCGAAGGGACUGUGGAGCUAAGCUGAUCCUGCUGCCCAACAUGACGCUAGUUAAUAUAUCAAAGAAUGUGUGCGCAUCCCUCCGGUAUCUAGAACUGCACCUAUGCACUAAUGCCAAAGUAAUCACCGUUGCUGUAAAAUCCUGCAUAUUUGAAACUGUCUUUAGCUGCCAAAACGGUUUCAGUGAUACCACACCUUAAUAUACUUGACAAGAUAUAAACUAAUUAUUUCAACACAAUCUAUUUGGCAUCUGGUGAGAACAUCAAGCUUCACAAGCCAAGAAACGGGGCACUGACCAAGUUAUACACAUUAAUUUAGAUUGAACACUUUGAUUAUUCGUUACUGUGAUCACUGAACCGUGCACUUAUCUGCAACUUUAGGGGCGUUAGACUUGUCUUGUUUACACAGAAGAGCACAAAUUCGUGCAGGAUUAAUGGGAAACACUUAAGGGUUUCAGUCUACAAGCUAAAUAUUAAUUUAUGUUAAGUGUAAUAAAGUUUGUUAUAAUAAACAUUAGUAUGUGAAUCAACUGUAAUAGCUAAAGAAACAGUUGGACAUUUUGGGGAAACUGUUUUCAUGCUUCUCGUGUGUCUGCGUUAAAUGUGAAAGAGCUCGGCCUCCAGACCCUCCCGCGCCAUUGAUCUUCUCAGCUGAACAUGUUUUUAAAACUAUGCACCAGUUCUCAUGCAGUGGAAUUGAAAUCUUGGAAUAAUCCUCUUUUAAAAAGGUCAGUUUACUUAGAUUAAAAAGAUGCUUUUGCUUCACAAACCCAGACUAUUUAUUUCCUACAAUUAUACAGAUUUAACAGGAUGUUAUAGUUAGAUUUAGUUUUAAGUAAUGUGUAUUUGUCCAGUUGUGGAAACAUUAAAUGCAGCUGUGAAAAAAACAGAGGUAAGCAUUUGUAUUAACUAGGGGGAACUGACCUUUAAAAGUUUCAGACAUAAACAAAAUGAGCCAAACAGUUUUACCUCAGCAUCACUAUGGUCACAGCAUUUCAGUUUCUCCUGUUAGCAAACAUCCCCUAAGUCAUGAAUAUGGUCAAGUAUCAUUUUGUUUUCUGUGGCUACAUGUUCAAGAAGGUCAAUGAUGUCACAAGUGUUUUAUCACCGGUUUGUUUUUCAAAAAUGAUUAAAACAGAAUCAAGACAUUGUUCUAUGGUGGAUUUUCCUUGUUCUCCUAAAAGUACUAUUAAAAAGUUGGUUUUAA